AGGGUCGGGGCACUGCACCUCUCCCCACACUUCCCGCCUGAGGCGCCAGGUGUCGUCUGAAACCCCACAGCCCGUUCGGGAAGAAACCUGAGGUCGACCAAUCAAUGCUUCAGACAGACAAGCAAAUAUGCAUCCCGCCAGAGCUGCCGGAAUUGCUGAAGCAGUUUACCAAAGCCGCCAUCCGGACGCAGCCGCAGGACCUGAUCCAGUGGGCGGCGGAUUAUUUCGGGGCUUUGUCCCAUGGAGAGAUGCCUCCAGUGGGAGAGCGGUCUGAGCGAGUCCCUUUGUGUAACUGGGCAGAGCUAACACCUGAGCUGUUGAAGAUCCUGCAUUCUCGGGUUGGUGGCAGACUGAUCAUCCAUGCAAAUGAGCUGGCCCAGAUGUGGAAGGUGCUGAAUCUCCCAACAGAUCUUUUUAAUGGCGUGAUGAAUGUGGGUCGCUUCACCGAGGAGAUCGAGUGGCUGAAGUUCUUAGCCCUUGCUUGUAGCUCUCUUGGAGUUACGAUUGCCAAAACUCUAAAGACAGUGUGUGAGGUUUUGUCAUCUGACCGUGAUGGUGGACCUGCCCGGAUCCCUUUCAGCACCUUCCAGUUUCUCUACACAUAUAUCGCCGAAGUGGAUGGCGAGAUCUCUGCAUCACAUGUCAACAGAAUGCUAAACUACAUUGAACAGGAAGUAAUUGGUCCUGAUGGUUUAAUCAAGGUGAGUGACUUUACCCAAAACCCCAGGGUUCGGCUGGAGUAAAAGCACAAUUUUGGCAAUUUUAAAGGAAGAUACAGAGAUGAUUGUACUUCAGAAUGACCGAACUCCAUACACCAUCCAAAGUCAAUUUUCUUGUACAACUGGUACACACUAAUAAACAAUUAAGCAAACAUAUGAAAUCAGAAA